AUAAUCCGCGUGCAGUCGCCGGAAGGAGUGAAGCGCAUCACGGCCACGAAGCGAGAAACGGUGGCGACGUUUCUCAAGAAGGUUGCAAAAGAAUUUGGUUUCAGGAAUAACGGCUUUUCUGUCUACACCAAUAGAAACAGGACAGGAGAGAUCACAGCGUCGCAAAACAAAUCCCUCAACUUGCUGAAAAUCAAGCAUGGCGACAUGCUGUUUCUCUACCCCUCGAGCCCGGCUGGCUCCUCCUCGGAGACCGUGCACGCAGCUGCCUCCCAAAGCGUGAAGCCCGCGGGGGCUCCCCAGGUGGUGGAAGAUGAGAUCGACCAGUAUCUGAUCAAACAGGAUGGGAAGAUUUACCGAAAUCGAGACCAGCAGCAGUGUUGCCACGGCCCCUUGGGUAAAUGCGUGCACUGCGUCCCGCUGGAGCCUUUUGAUGAGGAUUAUUUAAACCAUCUGGAACCUCCUGUGAAGCAUAUGUCCUUCCAUGCCUACAUCAGGAAGCUGACUGGAGGGGCAGACAAGGGGAAAUUUGUUGCCCUGGAAAACAUAAGCUGCAAGAUCAAAUCGGGCUGCGAAGGGCACCCUCCUUGGCCAGAAGGCAUUUGCACCAAGUGCCAGCCGAGCGCCAUCACCCUCAACAGACAG